ACACAAUAUCAGCCAUGAUGAAUAUGUAUAUCUUGUGCCAGGAUUAUUUAUCUCUUUUUGCGUGUGAUCAGGGGCGUCCCUCUGGCUAUUAAACAGUUAACUUACCUUUGAACAGAAAGCGAGACCUUUGUCACAAUGCCAUGACUGUCUGAACUGCACGGGUCUCAUACCACGCCAGUUGCUAGUAAAAACAUCUCAGGGCAUUCGAGGAAGAAGCAAUGUUGUUCAAAUCCCAGAACAAAAUCCUCUUCAUUUUGGUGCUGCUUCAGUUUUUGCCCAGAAAUGCCGCGCAGUCGUGCGCGCGCAGCUGCGGUAAGAAGUUGAACACAUGCUCCUGUCACUCAACAUGUGAAUCUUUAAAAGAUUGCUGCUCAGAUUAUAAACAAUUUUGCCUCGACAUUACACCAUACUCCGGAUCUUUGUUUGGAGGAACUGAAUUUCAAAUUCUCCACGCUAUUUUUGAGCCACACAUUAGCCUGACAUGUAGGUUUAAGUCUGAGAUUUUGACGGAGGGCUACGUGGAUGGGAAUGGCACGGGUCAUUGUAUCUCGCCUAUGCUGUAUGAGUUGGGCUGGAUCCCUUUUGAGGUUUCCACGGACGGAGUCAAUUAUGAUAGAUCUGGAAGAUGGAUGUCAGUUCAUCACAGUAAGCUGAACUUUUUGUACAAGAUCACUCUGAAGGAUGAAAAGAAGUGGCAAUACUACGGUACCCCUAAGGUUGGUGGAGAUUUAGAGAUGACAUGGAUGUCAUCUCUUAUAAACUCAGAGAAAGUGAACAUCGAACUGUGGGGUUACAAUGAGACUGGAGUGCCAUAUUCUAGUAAUUGGGAGGCAGAAUGGAAGUAUCUGUACACCGUGGACAGAGAUGUGACCAACUUUGGAUUCUUCCGUUUUAUCCCACAUCCCGCAGAAAAUCAGUACUCAAUGUGGCAUUUGGGCAGCAUGCGGGUCGUCGGCAGCACCAAACCUGAUGGAGCUUGGGAUGUGCAGGCUGUUUGGAGUGAUGCCCAUGCACUCGCCUGGCAUUUAGAGAAGGCCUUCAGAAACGACUCUGCAGGCUGGGCUCUGGAGAAGUGUCUUAUUUGGGACAAGGAGGAGAAAUCAAUACCCAGCUUCCAGAAUGAGAUCAUCGACUGUCCCUGUACUCUGGCCCAGGCCCGCGCAGACACCGGGAGAUUCCAUACGGAUUACGGCUGUAAUAUUCAGGUGGCCAAUUCUUGCGAGUAUCACCCAGGUGCGGUACAUUGUGUCAGAGCCAUACAGGGCAGUCCUCAGUAUGGAGCCGGUCAGCAAUGUUGCUAUGACAAGGCCGGAGUUCAGGUACUCACAGCGGACUCUAUUGGUGGCAGCACCCCGGACCGAGGGCACGAUUGGGGGUCACCACCGUACGGAAAACCACCUAGAGUUCCUGGAUUCUCGCACUGGAUAUACGACGUCAUCAGUUUCUAUUACUGCUGUCUUUGGUCGGAUAACUGCGAGUAUUACUUUAUUCACCGGCCGUCUAGUGACUGCAGAACAUAUCGUCCUCCUAGAGCGGCUGCUGUACUUGGUGAUCCCCACUUUGUGACGUUUGACGGUGUGACUUUUACAUUCAAUGGGAAAGGAGAGUACCAUCUAGUCCAGUCCUCAUCGUAUCAGCUGUCUGUGCAAGGAAGGACCGAGCCAAUGAAAUCAAAGAUUGGUUUAAUUACUAAUGCAACACGACUCUGUUCUGUGGCCAUGAGGGAGAAAGACUCUGAUGUCAUAGAGGUGCGACUUGGAGACCAAAUAGAUCAACUACAAGUGUUAAUGAACCAGCAGGUUCUUACAUUCUCUGAGAACGAAUGGAUGGAUCUUAAAGGCGUUUUUGUUUUUUCCCCGAAACCAUCUGAUGUGACGGUGAUGUUUCCAUCGGGUGCAGGGGUGGAGGUCAGAGGAAGUGCAGGGGUGAUGACCCUUACUGUUCUACUGUCCGAUGAAUUUCAGAACCAGACGCAGGGUCUGCUUGGUACAAUGAACAAUGAACCUGAAGAUGAUUUUACUUCUAGUAACGGUGUGAUGAUUCCACUCAGCAGCAGUGCUCAGGAUAUAUUCACAUAUGGUGCCGGCUGGGCUGUUACCAAUGAAACUUCACUGUUUACUUACGACUCCACCAACCUCCUUGAUGAAUACUACUAUGCUGCAAAACACGAUCCAUCUUUCACCCCAGAUUUUUUUGUGACUGAAGACCCUAAAGACCCCCUGUAUGAGGCGACGCUGCAGAUGUGUUCAGGGGAGGGGGCGCAGUUUUGUAAAUAUGAUGCCCUAAUCACACGCAGUCUGGAACAAGGCAAUGCCACAUUGCUGUCCUUCAAGGGUUAUACGUCCAUAAAGAAAGCUCUGGAACCUGUACAGACCUGUGGUUGGUUGGCACCACCCCACAAUGGUGAGAAAAAGGGAACCUUGUACCUAGAAGGAGCAAAUAUCACGUUCUCGUGUAAUGAUGGAUACAACCUCUAUGGGUCCCAGCAACGCACCUGUCAAAAGGACGGCACGUGGUCUGGACGGGAUACAAGCUGCGUGGCUGAAAAUAAUCUGGCCAUAGUAUUGGGCAGUAUUGGUGCGGUGUUGGCAUUGGUUGUAAUGGUGAUUGCGAUCGUUGUUUACACAAGGCGACAAAAGAAACAAGCAAAGAGACAACAGGACGACAAGGUGACCUAUCGUGCAACAAACCUGUGAUGAUCGAUCACCAAAUCCAUUAGAUGAACGUCUUCAUACAGUACAUUUUGUGCAGGUGUUUUAUUGCCAGUUUUACAAUACUUAAAUCUUACAGAAAUUUAAAUGAAGACAAAUAAUGACCAUAAGAUACAGGAAUAGUUUAUAGUUAGUUAAUUCUAGAAUUUGCAACUUCAUCUACUUUUACAAUGGUCUGCACCACUUUAAAGGCUAUAAACAAUAGCUCUGUACAGCUACACUACAAAAUAGAGGAUCUUAGCAGUUUCUUAGCAGCAAUGGCAUAGCAGAGCCAUUUUUUGUUCACCAGAGAACCUUUUAAGUAAAAUGUGACCCUGGACCACAAAACCAGUCUUAAGUAGCACGGGUAUAUUUGUAGCAAUAGCCAAAAUACACUGUAUGGGUCAAAAUCAUCGAUUUUUCUUAUAUGCUGAAAAUCAUUAUGUAAAGAUCAUGUUUCAUGAAGGUAUUUUGUAAUUUUCCUGCCUUAAAUAUAUUAAAACUUUAUUUUUGUGAGUGGA